UUUUAUCUCUUACAUUCCCACACAAAGCGAUAUACACGUAAGGGAAGAUAAAAAAAAAUAAUAAAUAAAAAAAAACAUGUCUACAACAUCGGAUUCCAAUGCCACUGUAGUGGAAGAGUGUCGUGGCGUUCUUCACGUUUAUAGCGACGGUUCCAUAGUACGCUCCUCAGUUUCAAGCUUCAACGUUCCUGUCCACGACGAGGGCACCGUUUUAUGGAAAGACGUCGUUUUCGACUCUUCCCAUGAUCUUCAGCUUCGGCUCUACAAGCCAGCCGACUCAGCCGCCUCCAACCUUCCCGUUUUCUACUUCUUCCACGGCGGCGGCUUCUGCAUCGGCUCACGCGCUUGGCCUAACUGGCUAAAUUAUUGCUUUCGGCUCGCUUCUCAGCUUCGAGCCGUAAUCAUUGCCCCGGAUUAUCGGCUCGCUCCUGAGAAUCGGUGGGGAGCCGUAAUCAUUGCCCCGGAUUAUCGGCUCGCUCCUGAGAAUCGGCUCCCAGCCGCAAUCGAAGACGGCUUGGCGGCUCUUAAGUGGCUUCAAACUCAAGCCGUGAGUAAUGAGCCGGACCCCUGGUUGAGCCACGUGGCUGAUUUUAGCCGCGUGUUCAUUUCGGGUGACUCGGCUGGAGGAAACAUAGCUCAUCAUUUAGCGGCUCGGCUUGGGUGCGGCUCGCCCGAGCUGGCUCCGGUUCGGGUGAGGGGCUAUAUUCUGUUGGCCCCUUUCUUUGGUGGAACAAUCCGAACCAAGUCGGAAGCUGAAGGACCAAAACAUGCUUUUCUAAAUUUAGAACUCAUUGAUAGGUAUUGGAGGCUUUGUGUACCCGUUGGGGCCACUAGUGAUCACCCUCUCGUGAAUCCGUUUGGGCCGAAUAGUAAGAGCCUUGAAGGAAUUAAUCUAGAUCCAAUUUUAGUGGUGGCUGCUGGAAGUGAUUUGCUUAAAGACAGGACAAAGGAUUACGCAAGGAGGCUUAAGGAGUGGGGUAAAGAUAUAGAGUAUGAAGAAUUUGAAGGACAACAACAUGGGUUCUUUUCUACUGAUCCCAACUCUGAAUCAUCCAACAAGUUGAUGAUGGUUAUCAAACAAUUCAUGGAGAAGCAUCUAGGGAAAGUUUGAAGGGAGGUUUUAAAUUUAAACACUACUACAACAGUACAACAUGCAUGUGUUAUUGUAGUACUUUUACGUUUAACUCAUCAUAUACUAGGUUUUGGUACGAACGAUGAGGAUAAAUAAUACAUGAUAAAGUAUGCAUUACCCAAAAGGUGUUUGUGUUGAA